UCCCCCCUCUGUCUCCUCACGGGCUGCAGAGAGAAGCCGGCCCACCUCUCCUUCGCUCUCCCGCCGACAGGCUUUUUGAAGCAGCCGGUUGAGUCUCAGUCGGCCACAUUCGGUCUCGGAAGGUGAUUCAACAUGACAAUGAAGCUGGCUUACUGGGAUAUUCGCGGGCUCGCCCAGCCCAUCCGCCUGCUGCUGGAGUACACCGACACCAAGUACGAGGACAAGUUUUAUGUCUGUGGUGAAGCUCCAAACUAUGACAAGAGCUGCUGGUUUAACGAAAAGCACAAACUUGGAAUGGACUUUCCCAAUCUACCCUACUUGGAGGAUGGAGACACGAAGAUAGUGCAGAGCAAUGCUAUCAUGAGAUACAUUGCUCGCAAGCACAAUAUGUGUGGAGAAACUGAGGAUGAGAAGGUCCGUGUGGACAUCUUGGAGAACCAGGCGAUGGACUUCAGAAACGGCUUUGUGAGGCUGUGCUACGCUGACUUUGACAAGAUAAGGCCCGGGUACCUUGAGCAGCUGCCAGGCGUGCUGAAGCAGUUCUCACAUUUCCUGGGAGACAGGAAGUGGUUUGCUGGUGACAAGAUCACUUUUGUGGACUUCAUUAUGUACGAGCUGUUGGAUCAACACAGGAUGUUUCACCCUACGUGCCUGGAUGACUUCAAUAACCUCAAAGAUCUUUUAGACCGUUUCGAGGCACUGGAGAAGAUUGCUGCUUACAUGAAGUCAGACAGAUUCAUGAAGACUCCUGUCAACAACAAGAUGGCCAAAUGGGGUAACAAGAAAGAGUAAAGAAGAAUACUUCAGUACCUUGGAGAAAUAAUUACAAUAACAAUGUUCACAAGUGCAAUUCACUCAAUAACCUUAAAUUCAGAACUGGGGAAAAUUUGAUGUUACAUUUGUCUUUUGAUAAGCUGAAAACUGUUUCAUUAUAUUGCAUUCAUGACCUAUAAUCAUGUUAGUUUCCUAGAUAUUUACAUGAAUUAGAGUUUUGUAAAAAGAAAAUCAAGUUUGUAGUGAUAUGAGGAUGACUAGAAACUUUAAUUUGAUUUGAAGCAAUGACUCUUUGUUACAUUUGAAACUGAUUUUGUUACAUUUGAAACUAAUUUUGACACGUUAAAGUAAAUCUUGUUUUGACAGUUCCUGUCAUUUUGAAUUUCAACAUCACUUCCUGUACAAUAAAAAUUACAUCGUAAGAAACAUUAAGGACAAAA